AUGUCAGAGCCGACCCCUGAGGUGAAACUGGAGACGAAGCAGGCGAGCAAAGAGGUGAAAGAAAGCGAAAACGUCGCCGAGAAAUACUCUGUCAUGACAGUGAGCAAGAACACCGAAAUGAACAUGGAAGAGCUGUCGUCUGCCUUCAGCGCUGUGCCCACUCACAAGCCGGUGAAAAAGCAACUCCAGUUUGUUGAGGACAAGCAGGAGUUCAGCCGGUUCCCCACUAAGGCAGGUCGCCGUUCCCUGUCCCGCUCUAUUUCUCAGUCAUCCACAGAUAGCUACAGUUCAGCCGCGUCCUACACAGACAGCUCAGAUGAUGAAACUUCGCCACGGGACAAAACACAGGUCAACUCCAAGGGUAGCAGUGACUUCUGUGUCAAGAACAUUAAACAAGCUGAGUUUGGGAGACGUGAGAUUGAGAUUGCAGAACAAGACAUGUCGGCACUGAUUGCUCUCAGGAAGAGAGCGCAGAGUGAGAAACCAUUGGCUGGUGCCAAAAUUGUGGGCUGCACUCACAUCACCGCACAGACCGCAGUGCUGAUUGAGACUCUUGUGGCUCUCGGGGCCCAGUGCCGCUGGACAGCCUGCAACAUUUACUCAACUCAAAAUGAAGUGGCUGCUGCUCUGUCAGAGAUAGGCGUGGCUGUGUUUGCCUGGAAAGGGGAGUCUGAGGAUGAUUUCUGGUGGUGUAUUGACCGCUGUGUCAACACUGAGAGUUGGCAGCCUAACAUGAUCCUGGAUGAUGGGGGGGACCUGACACACUGGAUGUACAAGAAAUACCCAAAUGUGUUCAAGAAGAUCCGAGGCAUUGUCGAGGAGAGCGUCACUGGGGUUCACAGGCUUUAUCAACUCUCCAAAGCGGGGAAACUGUGCGUGCCAGCCAUGAACGUAAAUGAUUCUGUGACUAAGCAGAAAUUUGACAACCUCUACUGCUGCCGAGAGUCCAUCUUGGACGGCUUGAAGAGAACCACAGAUGUCAUGUUUGGAGGCAAGCAGGUGGUUGUAUGUGGUUAUGGUGAGGUCGGAAAAGGUUGUUGUGCUGCACUGAAAGCUCUUGGGGCUAUUGUCUAUAUUACAGAGAUUGACCCGAUUUGUGCCCUGCAAGCUUGCAUGGAUGGAUUCAGAGUGGUUAAACUGAAUGAGGUCAUUCGCCAUGUUGAUAUCACCAUCACAUGCACUGGAAACAAGAAUGUGGUGACCCGAGACCAGCUGGACCGCAUGAAAAACGGCUCCAUUGUAUGCAACAUGGGGCACUCCAACACUGAGAUUGAUGUGGCCAGCCUUCGUACCCCUGAGUUGACAUGGGAGAGGGUGCGUUCUCAGGUUGAUCAUGUCAUUUGGCCUGAUGGCAAGAGAGUCAUCCUGCUCGCUGAAGGACGCCUCCUCAAUCUCAGCUGCUCCACUGUUCCUACAUUUGUCCUGUCUAUCACCGCCACCACUCAGGCGCUUGCCCUGAUAGAGUUGUACAAUGCUCCAGAGGGACGAUACAAGCAAGAUGUUUACCUGCUGCCUAAGAAAAUGGAUGAAUAUGUGGCCAGCCUGCAUCUGGCAACCUUUGAUGCUCACCUGACAGAGCUCAGCGAUGAGCAGGCAAAAUAUUUGGGCUUGAACAAGAAUGGCCCUUUCAAACCUAACUACUACAGGUAA